AUGAAACCUUUGCCUCUGGAAAGCCUCCAGCAGCUGCUCCGGAGCCAUUUGUCGCUGAUACAAAUGCUGCAGCAAUUGCCAUCAACCAUCUGUUCAUUGCCUUCAAUUAUCUGCCUACUGCCUACAAAUUGCCCUUUAACCAUCUGCAAUGGCUCUGGAAAACCUCAAUCUAACAAAAAGAUGUUUCACUUCAAGACAUUAAUGAAUUUCAAAUACUCAAUCAACCACAUUACCAGAUCUCAUGGUAUUAAUUGA